AUGGAGAUGAAGAAGAUCGCCUGCGCCGUCCUCUUCGCUGCCGCAACCGUCAGCGCCGUCGUGGCUCACGACGAGGCGUUGGCUCCAGCACCUGGACCAAGCAGCGGUGCCGCUGCCGGCCUUCCAGCAAUCGGCUCUGCCAUUGGCGCUUCGUUGCUCUCUGUCGCGGCCUACUACCUGCAAUGAGGCAAGGAGUGGAGUGAGAUGUAAUUUGAGAGAUUGAUUGCUUCGGUGUUGGUAUUUAUAUUGGGAAGAAUUUUCGUUUAUGAGUGGUUUUAU